CUCAAAAUACUUGCCCUUUUCUACACUACUAAGCAUUAAGCAUUAAGCAAAAGCAAUAUACAGUAGUUUUCUUUCAGAACAAAAAUGGAGUCAAACCGUAAGCGCAGGGGUUUCAUGAAGGGUAAGCUGAUGCCAUUCUACCGAGCCUCAAAGCCUUCGAGUAAUAAUAAUAAUUCCAUGCAAUACAUGACGAUGAGCAGUAGUACUACUAAGGUCGUGAACAAGCCCAACCAGUCCUCUCCUUCGGCGGCCUCAGUAGGGUUUCUGGUGCACCAAGACUAUCUCAUCGCUCAGCCAAAGCCCAAAGUUUCUUUCGUUUUGCCGGCGGCUCAUCAUGACUACGGCGGCGGCGGCGGCCGUGACUCCUCGGUGGUGCAACGGGAAAGUCUCUACGGUGGUGUGACUGUUGACGAGGGUGUUGAUUCGAAGGCUGCUAACUAUAUAUCUAUGGUUCAAGAACGAUUCAAGCUUGAGCGAGUCAACUCGGAGAGAAUGAUCAAGUGCCAAGAUAAGAGUUAACAAAAUAUUAUAUAUAUAUAUAUAUACAUAUCAAAUUAAGAUGAUAUAUUUUGGUCUUUGGUAUAAUAAGUACUAUUAUGUUAUAUAUAUAUAUUAUAUUUAAGAAGUAGUUCAUUUUCAAUAGAGAUCUAGAGAAAGAUAUCAUGAGAAGGUGUUACUUUUGGUUCUUUUUUUUCUUAUUUAGUUAUAAUUAAUUAGUGCAAACCCAUCCUCAAGUUGUUAAAAGUGUUGGAUUGGAGCUAUAUAUGAAAAGAAUUUGUACUAAUUAUUAAUUAAUUUCCUUUUAUAUAA